UGACUGAAUACUCAUGUGACUUAGCUAAUCAACUAGUGCUCAGUAUAAGGUGAAAGUAGCGACUAGUUAAUCGUAUUUUGUUUCUGAAACUCUUAUCCCAGUAGUGUACACCCGCAAGCUAAAGGUCCAGGAUGCUGGAGCUGGUGCUGGCGGUGCUCUUGGCCUGCGCUGCUGUAGAGCCAGUGUGGUCCCGGGGCUGCUCCUCAUUCUUCUGCCAAAGAUUUCAUCGUGUGAGUGGGUUGAACGCACCCGACCCGGGGAAGCCCCUCUUCCUCACCCCCUACUUAGAGGAAGGCAAGAUAGAGGAAGCAAGAAGUCUGAGCUUGGUGGGGCCUCUACCUGGAGCCAAUGUGAAGAGUUAUUCUGGCUAUUUCACUGUCAACAAAAACUACAACAGCAACCUCUUCUUCUGGUUCUUCCCUGCCCAGGAGAGACCUGAGACUGCUCCUGUGCUCCUCUGGCUGCAGGGAGGGCCAGGUGGCACCUCCAUGUUUGGCCUGUUUGUGGAGCACGGCCCCUAUGUUGUGUAUAAGAAUCUCACAUUGGGCUACAGAAAUUACACCUGGACCUCUAGGUACUCGGUCCUUUACAUUGACAACCCAGUGGGUACUGGAUGGAGUUUCACUGAAAAUGACACGGGCUUUGCUAGAGACCAGGAUGAUGUUGGCCGCGACCUGUACAUUGCACUGGUGCAGUUCUUUCAGCUCUUCAGUGAAUUUCAGUCAAAUGAGUUUUAUGCCACAGGAGAGUCCUACGCAGGCAAGUAUGUACCAGCGAUUGGCUACUACAUCCACAAAAAUAACCCGUCGGCCAAGGUGAAGAUCAACUUUAAAGGAGUGGCCAUCGGGGAUGGUCUGUGUGACCCCGAGUUGAUGCUGGGUGGCUAUGCGGAGUUCCUGUAUCAGACAGGCUUGGUGGACGAACUGCAGAGAGAGUAUGUGAAGCUGCAGACAGAUGCUGGUGUGAAACUCAUUCAGCAGCAGAGGUGGUUGGAGGCCUUUGAGGUUUUUGAUAGCUUGGUGAAUGGAGAUCUUGUUUCCUAUCCGUCGUUCCUCCAGAACGUUACUGGUUGCACUAACUACUUCAACUACUUGCAGUGUCAGGCACCUGUGGAUCAGGAGUACUUUAGCGAGUUUGUGACUUUGCCUGCUGUGAGGCUCUCCAUCCACGUAGGAAACCUGACCUUCAACGAUGGCUCUGAGGUGGAGAAGCACCUUCUCCAGGAUGUCAUGAAAUCCAUUAAACCCUGGCUGGGUGUCCUGAUGGACAGCUACAGGGUGCUGAUCUACAGUGGGCAGCUGGAUGUGAUCGUGGCAGCUCCACUGACUGAGCGCUUCCUGCCCACAGUGAACUGGACUGGGGCAGAUGCGUAUAAAAACACAGAACGCUUCCACUGGAAGGUCCAGCCCAGUGACACAGAAGUAGCAGGCUACGUCCGUCAGGUGGGCGAGUUCUACCAGGUGAUUGUUAGAGGGGGAGGCCACAUUUUACCUUAUGACCAACCAGGGAGGUCUUUUGACAUGAUUGAUCGAUUCCUAUCAACCAAGGGUUUCUGAUCUGUCUGAUAAAGGCCAUAUCUGUUUUAAUCAACAUGUUUGAGUUUAUUAGAUUGACUGACUGUGGCUAUACUUAUUCAUUCAGUGAAGGUUUUAAGGUUUAUGUAUAUUUGACCAGUAAAUGAUUGAUUAUUCCAGGGAUUUUAUUGUUUUGCUUUUGUUGUAAAUUUUUAAUUUUUUUAAAAUAAAUCUGAAUUUAAAAUCGA